GGUAGAGGCUGGAGGACAUGUCUAUAUUCAUCAUGUCACCCACUUGGCGGAUAGCCCCAGUCCCAUCUCUGGCGUUUUACGGUUGCCGCCUGCCCCCUUUCAUCGCAAAAGACUCAGCACCUGCAAGAACGGCUCUUUUUAUCACGAGGAACGGCAGUACCUCUUCCUCAACAAUGGCGACCAACCCCAAACGCAAGCUGCCCGUGUUGCUCUUUGACGUCAUGGACACCAUUGUUCGCGACCCAUUUUAUCACGAUGUCCCCGCCUUCUUCCGAAUGACCAUGGAGGAAUUGCUAGAAAGCAAGCAUCCAACUGCAUGGAUUGAGUUUGAAAAGGGGAAGAUAAGUGAGGUUAGCCGACCCUAAACUCUUUUAGGAAUAAAGCUUGGAUGCCGUUGUUGUUGUAUAGUUGUAUUCCCUUGCUGCUAAUUGCAUCUUAGUUGCAGACAUGCCAGAGGAAUAGAUAAGUUGUCGCCUGUAAGGCUGUAAUUAUUCCCCAGAAGUGCUUUAUGAGUAAAAUCUUGGACUCUUGGUUUAAAACUUUAUCUUGGAAUAUUUUCAUAUUUGUUUAAUACACUUAGCUCAUGUUAUUGUUCUUUUUUUAAGAGCCUUCUACAUUGCCUAAUUAAAUUUGUAUGAUAGCUUAAUAAGCGUUAAACACCCUUCAAGCUUUUUUUAGUACAGUUAGACUCAUUUUAGUCCUUAGUUUGAUAGCAGAGCCAGUCUGAGGCAUAGUCACAUAUCCAUGAGUGGGUCUCUUAUGAAAAAAUUUCACUGUAACAGUUUUGUCUGCCUGUGACGUGUACAAUGAGGGUUCUAAAGAGUUUUUACUUUGCUACAUAUGAAUGGAUAUACCUUUUUAUGAAAUUCCCCAAAAAAGGAGUAAAAACAAAGUGAUUUCUCUAAAUUUGAGUACUAUGUUUUCCCCUAAAUAGAAGUGAAGUACUGCAAUCCUGAAAUUAUAUUGUUCUUAAAAAGGAGCAAACUAUUGUCAUUCUGAAAUCAUAUUGUCAUAUUAUGACAUUAUCAAGCGUUAAUAUGGCAUUGGGCCAUAACAUGGCAUUUUAAUUUCAAGGUGACAAUACUUACUCUUGUUUAGGAGAACACACUGUGCUGCUAUUAAGGGAAAAUACCUUGUCUUUACUUCUAUUUAGGGAAAUUUCUUUUUCAUGCUUUGGACAAUCAUCAGCUAUUGAGAGUUCUUUUAGGGUAGAGUUAGAUCCAACCAUAUUCCAAAUAGUCUUGACAUUAGGCUUACAUGUUGUCUUCCCUGUUGUUUUUAAAUUACAAUAUUCUCCACCUUAGUUUACAUACUAUAUUUGGUCAAAUGUCAAUGCAUUGAAGACUGAAGUCGGUACUCGAUCAGUAGUUGCUUUUCACGACAUGACAAAUCAUGGCUUCAUAAUGUUUAUAUUUUAUUUUCAGGCUGAGUUAGAAAGAAUUUUUUUUAAAGACGGGAGAUCUUUUGAUCUCGAAGGCCUCAAGAACUGUAAAAGAAGAGGAUAUUCUUACAUUGAAGGCGUUGAGAAAUUACUUGGUGUGUUAAAGGCAAAUGGCUAUGAAAUCCAUGCUUUCACAAACUAUCCUAUAUGGUACACAAUGAUUGAAGAGAAGUUGAAACUUUCGAAUUAUUUAUCUUGGACAUUCUGCUCCUGUGUAAUGGGAAAGCGGAAGCCUGAUCGUGAUUUUUACUUGGAUGUUCUGAAACAUCUAGACGUUGAGCCAGCCAGCUGUAUUUUUGUUGAUGACAGGUGAUAUCUUAGAUUCUUAAGGUUGGGGGGGGGGGGGGGGGGUCUGGGUUGUUUCUGGUUUUCAAUUUUUGAAUUUGUGUUUCUAAAAGAUACAAAUAUAUAAUACGUAGUACAUUAUAAACAGGAACUAUUCAUAUUUAUGCUAAUUAUGUUAACUUUGAAAACAAAGAAAUGAAUCCACCUUUUCGUUUUUGAAAUCUGGUUUAUAGUUUUUACUUGAAAUAAAAACUAAAAACUGGCAACCACCCCUAAUGGGCUUUCAUUUCUAAAACUAUUUUGAUUUUUAUUAAUGUGAUAUAUAUUCAACAUGUCCCCAACUCCCCAUGAAAAACUAAAAACUGGCCAACACCCCUACUGGGUUUGUUUGGUUCAGGGGUUCUAGAGGGGUGGGAAGGGGAUUAGUGAUAUUUAUUUAUAUUUAGAAUAAUAACUACAUUUAGAUGGUUGUCAAUAAGGUUAAGAUGAAUAACUAUAUAGGAAUACAUGAUGUAACUAAUCAUAUACUAUCUGCAUCCAAAUGACCAUUGCUUGUUUCACUAUUCAUUGGUCUAACAGUUUAACGGAAUUCUUUAUUGUUAAAUGAUUUUGAGUAUCAGGCUUUAAUGCUUUUAUUCAGUUUGGGGUUUUGUGCUUCAAAAUACAUUUAAUGUAGUUUUCCAAAUAAUUAAGCAUUUAACAUUUAAAUAAUAGUACUCAUUUGACUAUUACGGGGGAAGAAUUACCUUAUUAUCGGUCAACCAUCAUAAGCUACAACAACAAAGUCUAUUGAGAGUUUUUUUUCCGUAUUAAUAUUAAUUAAUUAAUUAAAUAUUUACGAAAAUAGGGUUGGGUUAAAAGAUAAUAUAUAAAUCAUCAUAAGCUACAACAAACCUCCAUCUCCGGCGACCCCACUCCGGCAAACCUACAUCUUCAUCUUCAACACUCUUUCUUCUUUCUUCUAGGUAAAUCAAACUCCAUUUCAUCUCAUUUUGAACUUAGGGUUUUGAAUGUUAAAAUUUUCUAAUUUUUAGAUUAUGAAUUGAUUGUGAAUUCAGUUGUGAAAUGUGGAUAUGUAUGAAAUGUUGAAAUUUGAUUUUAAAUUGAUUGUAAAUUUUAAUGUGUAUUUUGACAUUUGGGCAUUUGGGUAGACCCAAUAUACUGUUGGGUUAACGAUCAUAACCCAAUAUACUGCUGGGUUAACCAUGGUCGGGGUAAGUUGCCCAACGGUUGGGCGACUUAUAAGUCACCAAACGGUUUGGCGACUAAUAAGUUGUCCAACCGUUGGGCGACUUUCCCUUAAGUAAAAAUAUCGGCCAGUCACAAAACAGAACGCUGUGUAAACCCAAUUCCCAAAUCCCCCCAAGCCGCAGCGACGACGGACGCAAGAAGGAACGACGACCGAGCCAUUUCCAACUCCGGCAAACCUCCAUCUCCGGCGACCCCACUCCGGCAAACCUACAUCUUCAUCUUCAACACUCUUUCUUCUUUCUUCUAGGUAAAUCAAACUCCAUUUCAUCUCAUUUUGAACUUAGGGUUUUGAAUGUUAAAAUUUUCGAAUUUUUAGAUUAUGAAUUGAUUGUGAAUUCAGUUGUGAAAUGUGGAUAUGUAUGAAAUGUUGAAAUUUGAUUUUAAAUUGAUUGUAAAUUUUAAUGUGUAUUUUGACAUUUGGGCAUUUGUGUAGAUUUGAAUGUAGCUAAAUUUGGGUAUUAAAAUGUAGACUUGAAUGUACAUAUCAAAAUUUGGGUAUUUUUAUAUUGAAAUGUGAAUUGUUUGUAAAUUUUGACUUUUGGAUAUAUUAGAAUUUUGGUAGUUUUUUCUAUUGAAAAUUUGAAUGUGUAUAAAGUGUGUAUAUUGAUGCCUACUCAUGAAAGUUAGACAAUGAAUUGUUAUUAGAAUAUGGAUUUCUCAAGCUUCCUAAUCGUGUGUCAUUGGGGAGGGAACUAUUAUGAGGAUGUUGGGCAAAUAUGCCAUGAAGGUGGUAGAACCAGCUUUGUCAUGGUUUCUCGUGGCGCUUGCAUGCUCGAGAUCCUUCAAAAAAUACAUGCAGCCACAAUGAUUCAUCCUAGCCGUUCUUUGCGUUUGAAAAUAAAAUUUCCCAUGAACGGGGGAAAGUACAUGCUUAUGCCCCUCAUUGAUGAGCUAGCUAUAACAAAUAUGUGUGGCAUAGUUCAGAUGGAGGACAUGUCCACGCUGGAGGUAUAUAUUGAGGAAUUCAUACGUUUAUGGUACUCCAUCAACAUCAAAUGCUGUUGUAUCUAGGCAUGAUGUCAAUGUAGGUGUCAAUGCAGGGAACUCCUCAAAUGCUCCUGUACUAGACAUGGUUAUACAGGAAGAUAGUAGGUAUUUGCACAACGGUGCAUCAUUUGUGGAUGGGCAAGGAAGUGAUGAUGAUCCUGACGACAACAUCAAUGGUGAUGACAUGACAGAAUCUGAUGAAAAUGAUGGUGAUACGGUCACGACAACUGCCCCGUCUAGCCACUUUACUAGAAUGUAUGAUCUCCCUGAAGGCUUUACUGAUGCCUGGAUGAGUGGAUCAGGUGAGAAAAGGUUUACCCCCGAAGGUGAGUUUGAGGUCGGUCAACAGUUUGACAACAAAGAACAAGUCAUCAAUAUGGUGAGCUUGUAUUCUAUCAAACGGAACCAAUUUUAUCGGGUGAUAGAGCCCGAUAAACACAAAUGGGUGGCACAAUGCAAAAGGAAGAAAUAAUGUAAUUGCCCCUGGAGAAUACGUGCCACAAAGAACAAAGGCAACCUUGACACCUUCACAAUUGUGCGUUAUCCUCGACCUCAUUCUGCUACGUGUGUUGGCAACACCGACCCUACCGAUCACGUGGCUUUGACUUCAGAUUUCAUCUCUAAAGAUGUGAUUGACAUUGUUCGCACUAAUCCUUCCCUUAAAGUGCAUACUAUCAUUGAGAUGCUGAAGGAAAAGUAUGGGUAUACGGUAUCAUACCGAAGAACAUGGAUAGAGAAGCAAAAGACCAUAGCAGAAAUAUUUGGCGGUUGGGAGAAGUCAUAUUCUGAAUUGCCCCGUUUCAGACAGCGCUCCAACAUUCAAAUCCUGGAACUAUUAUGCAGUGGUACCUACCCCCUAAUACUCGCAUAGGUUAUAUGCAGUUUCAAAGAAUUUUUUGGGCAUUCAAGACAUCAAUACAUGUUUUAAGCAUUGUCGACCCGUACUUACUAUUGAUGACACACAUUUGUAUGGAAAGUACAAGGGUAUAUUGCUUGUGGUCAUGGGUUGUGAUGCGAACAACCAAAUAUUUCCAGUGGCCUUUGCAGUUGUUGAAUCUGAGAAUGGGGAUAGUUAGCCAUGGUUUAUGGCAUGUAUUAGGCAGUUUGUCACUAAUAGGGAGUUGUGUGUCAUAUCUGAUUGGCAUGGAGGUAUUGUCAGGGCAAUGAAUGAGGUGUGCAGUACUUGGGAGGAGCCUGAUGCGCAUCAUAGGCUAUGUAUCCGCCAUCUUGCAUCGAAUGUGCACACUCAUUUCAAAGACAUUCAUCUAAAAAAUCUUUUUGUCUAGACCGCACGACAACAUCAGAAAAAGAAGUUUGACGGUGGGUUCAAGAAGAUAGGUGAAAUGAGAUUGGAGGCACGGCAAUUUCUGGGGAAUAUCCCCCCGGAAAUGUGGUCAUUGCACCACGAUGGCGGGUAAAAAUAUGGUACCAUCACUUCUAAUCUGACAGAGGUUUUCAAUAGCGUUAUGAAAAAUGCCAGAUAUUUGCCCAUCACCGCUUUGGUCCAGGUUUCCUUUUACCGGGUUAAUGCUUAUUUUGUUAAUAGGCGUGAAACCAGUAAAAUGAGAGUGA